ACUUGCCGGAAACUGUAUCACUUUGGUAGAGGCCGUCGUCGCAGCAAGAACGUUCCACCAGAAAAAAUGAAAGUCCUUAUCCUGGCUGUUUGCAGCUUGGCUCUUGUAGCCGCUGAUGUUUCGCAUUUGUUCGGUCAUGAUCACCAUGAUCACCACGAUCAUCCUGGCUACAACUAUGACCCACCGAACAUCCCCUUUGAACUGCCCACUCCGGCUCCAGCUUAUCUGCCCCCGGAACCUGUGACUGUUCGUGUGGCUCCAGUGACCCUGCCGCCUCCAGUUUAUCUGCCUCCAGUCACCGUGAAGCCCGUUAUCCCAAUUGUCAGGACUCCCAAGCCAGCCUAUCUGCCUCCUCCACCACCAGUUGUGAAGGUUACCCCACCUAAGCCUGAAUACCUGCCACCUGCACCCGUUGUGGAACAGCCCCGCUAUGUGGCACCAGCCGUUGUACCCACCUUCAAGAUCCCGAUCCCAUCGUACGCUGCUCCUCUGGAGGAACCCGUCAACACCUACCUGCCGCCCCAGGAGAUCGUUGUGCCCAAGGAUGACGGAUACCACUAUGAUCCCCCAGCUGAACCGUUCCUGUUCUAAAUAAGCAUUCAUCCCAAGCCAUUUUUAUUUGUUGUCUUCGAAUGUCACGUGUAUUUACCUGUAGUUAUUUAUUGUUUACCAAGCUCAGCCUGCACUAAAAACGAAAUAAAGCUUAGCACUGCGAAAACGUA